AUGCGUUUCGGUAUUUUCUUCCAGAUUGUUGCUGUAUGCACCUUUGCCAGCUCUGCAUUGGCGGCGCCGAUGCCAGUCAACGACAAGCCGGGGCAUCCAGCUUCUCCGCCACCCGCGAACGCCAAACCACCAGCCCACAAUCCCGCCCCUGCCCCUGCGCCAGGAGCACACGCACCCGCACCCGCGCCAGCAGCCGGCGGCGCCAGCGGCGCCAAAUUCGAAGCAGGCGACAUCGUGCGCAUCAAACCCGUGCACAUCCUCAACGGCGACGGCGCUAACGUCCAAGGCGGCGCGCCCAACAAACCGAGGCCCGCCGUCGUCGUCAUCAAGCCCGACGCCGCAGGGCUGAUGGGCGUGGCGCCGAUUGGCCACGCGCUCCCCGGCGCGUCGCACACGGACGACCCGAGCAAGUAUGGGAUCCCGAAUUCGGCGAAUGGGGACCCGAACCAUUUGAUUAGUACGGGUGUGCCGGCGCAGAUCCAUGUGAGCAAUGUGCAGCCUGUGGCUGGGAGGUAUGGGUUGCCGGAUAAGCUUGCACCAGAGCAUAUACAAAGUCUGCGCGGGAAGAUUGAGGAGAACAUGGACUCCAUGAUCGCUGCGAAGAAACAGAAAGUGGAGGCGGAGAAGGCGGAGAAGGAGAAAGCCAAGACUCCAGCUCCUCCAGCGCACCCGGCUGUUGGACUGUACGAUGACCUCCCACCUUUAAAGAACGCCGCUGCUGCUGCCAAGCCCGCGGGUGGACUGUACGACGACCUCCCACCCCCUGCCGCCAAACCUGCCGCCGCCAAGCCUGCUACCAACAAUGCAGCUGCGAACACCCAUCCCGCCCCUGCCCCCGCCCCCGCCCCUGGAGCAGGCACAGGCUCCAGCGCGCCCAACUCGAAGAAACGCCCACUCGAGCGUCGCGCGCUGUACAGGCGUCUCAACCCAAUCACCGGCGAGAGACUCUCGAGGCGCUUGCACGCGCGAUCGCGCCGGGACUGGUAG